CUUGAAUUUACCUGGCUCAAGGGUUCUCUUUUAUUCUUCAGUUGUUAGUUGCUACUCUCUCACCACUCACGACGGUCUCACCACGUCACCGACGGCACUCCGCGGUUUGAUGUGCACGCGCAACGCUGCUGCAGAUAGUAGCUUCCACUCUUCCCAGUACAUGGUAGUGGUUCAAGCUUUGUAAUUGCAGAAAGUUCUGCAGUCUUAUGGUUUUCUAGAAGGAAGAAGAGAGGAGGGAGAUAAACGUCUGAAAAAGGCGUGUCAUUUUGCACCAGCAUCACCUCUAAAAACCCUCAGAUGAUUAGACCCCUGGUUCUUCUCAGACCUCUUCACCCUCUCUCAAACUUCUUAAAAACCUAUACCCUUAUCAAUGGCGGACACCACCAUUUUCUCUCUCCUCCAUCCCCCAAAACCCCAGGCCAUCUUCAAAAUCCUCGACCAAACCUCGAACCCAAAUUGGUAUUCUUCAGCACUUCACUCCCUCCAUCUGAAUGGAUUGAACCCUUCACCGACAUCUCCGACGUCGUUUUGCAGUCCAACCAGAAGCUCCAGACCUCCAUAUGGGUUUCCCGAAUCCUGGAAGUCCUUGAUGAUUCACCAAUGAUGGAGGUCAAAUUGACUGAUUAUUGCAACAAGUUCUUAAUCAGACUAACUCCCAAUUUUGUUACUUUUGUGUUGAGUUCUACCCAUAUUAAAACAAAACCAGACACUGCUUUUCGCUUCUUUAAUUGGGCUGGUAAGCAGAAGAAUUACAGGCAGAAACUUGAAUGUUUUGUUUGUUUGAUUAAUGUUUUGAGUGUUUCAAAUGAUACUGGUAGGAUUAAGGUUGUUUUUAAUUAUUUUAAGGAGUUGUCCUUUGUUAUGACUGUGAAUUCUUUCAACUCUUUGAUUAAGAGUUUCGGAAAUACUGGAAUGGUUGAGGAGUUGUUGUGGGUAUGGCGACGAAUGAAGGAUAAUGGGAUUGAACCUAGCUUGUAUACUUACAAUUUCCUGAUGAACGGGCUAGUAAAUUCUAUGUUUAUUGAGUCUGCUGAGCAGGUGUUUGAGGUGAUGCAAAAUGGGAAAACUCGGCCCGAUAUUGUUACCUAUAAUACUUUGAUUAAAGGGUAUUGCAAGGCUGGGAAGAUAGGGAAGGCGAUGGAGAAAUUGAAAGAGAUGGAGGUUGGAAACGUAGAGCCUGAUAAGAUUACAUACAUGACUUUAAUCCAGGUUUGCUACGGAGAGAACGAUUUUGAUGCUUCUUUAUCUCUUUACCAUGAGAUGGUGGAGAAGGGAUUCGAUAUCCCACCUCAUGCAUAUAGUUUGGUGAUCUGUGGGCUUUGUAGAGGUGGGAAGUAUGCGGAAGCAUUUGUGGUUUUCGGGGACAUGAGUCAGAGGGGAUGUAGUCCAAACAUUGCAAUAUAUACUGCGUUAAUUAAUUCAUAUGCCAAGAGUGGAAAUGUGGAUGAUGCUUUAAGUCUUUUGAAGAAAAUGAAGGUAGAGGGUCUUACUCCUGAUGAAGUUACUUAUGGAGCCAUUAUCAAUGGGCUUUGCAAGAGUGGUAGACUGGAAGAAGCCAUGAAAUACUUCAGGGUAUGCAGAGAUAAUGGGAUUGGUGUCAAUGCUAUUAUAUAUUGCUCUCUCAUUGAUGGCCUGGGCAAAGGAGGGAGAGUUAAGGAAGCAGAAAGGCUUUUUGAGGAGAUGGCUGACAACGGUUGCACACGUGAUUCUUAUUGCUAUAAUGCGAUGAUUGAUGCUCUAGUGAAAGGUGACAAAAUCGGCGAAGCUUUGACACUCUUUGAUCAGAUGGAUACCGAGGGCUGUGACCAAACAGUUUAUACAUACACCAUACUCAUGGAUGGAUUGUUCAAAAAACACAAAAACGAAGAGGCAUUAAAGUUGUGGAAUACGAUGAUUGAUAAGGGUAUCGCUCCCACUGCAGCUUCUUUUAGAGUUCUUGCAAUCGGACUUUGCCUUUCAGGUAAAGUUGCCAGGGCUUGCAGGAUAUUGGAUGACCUAGCUCCUAUGGGUGUAAUACCUGAAAACGCUUGUGAAGAUAUGAUUAAUGCUUUGUGCAAAGCAGGGCGCAUCGAGCAGGCUUGCAAAUUGGCUGAUGGAAUUGUUGAUAGGGGCCGAGAGGUACCUGGGAGAGUUCGUACGGUUCUGAUCAAUUCCCUGAGAAAAGCGGGAAAUGCAGACCUGGCUAUGAAAUUGUUGCAUAGUAAAAUUGGCAUUGGCUAUGAUAGAAUGGGAAGCAUUAAACGACGAGUAAAGUUCAGGAGUCUCCUGAAUGUUUAGAUCUCAGAUUCGAUUGUUCUUGAAGUGUUACAUAUUGCAGACAUGCUGCUGUUAUCUAUACACUGUUUCUUGUUGGUCAAAAUGUAAUUAUGGACAAAUAAAUUUCAAUUUGAACUACCAAAAGAACCGCACUAGGAAGAGGGAAAGCUGAGAAAUUGAUUCAGGAUGACAUGUUGGUAGCAAGAACCAGCUAGAUUUGAAGGUUUCUGGUGCUAAAAUCACAGAAGUUUGUAUGCCCUUUUUGACUAGAGAUUAGGCAUUGCACCGUGGAUUUAACAAGUAGACAAUUAACUAUGGAUAUGUAGAUGAAAGUAGAAUGACAUUGCAGAAAACAAGCAUUGCAGAACUGGAAAUUGGUACCGUUGAAGAACUAGGCUGAUUGAUUCAUCAAGUGAAGCAACUUCUUCAAGCAGACUGGGAAUACAGUCUGGUUCAACUUUGGUCGUUCGAACUUUGGUGCUCAGAUGCAAAAGACUCUUGCAAAAGACCAUUUAUAUAUGCACGUAGAUUUCCCGCAGAUCACAUCCAUACAUGUACUCUUAAUGAUUGGUUAUGCUUCUUUUAUAAAAGGCUAAAUGUGGGGAUGCAAAUAAAUUCUAUUAUGGUGAAAAGCUCAAGAGAUGGGUAAAGAAGAAGGUUCUGAACCAACUCCUGAAGAAUCUGCCCUGCUACCACCAAUAAUGACGGCAGCUGCAGCCUUCCGAAACAGAAAAUCGGAUUAUAACCUAAGGAAUGCAUUUGAUGUUUUAUAGUUUUUGCUAUCAUGUGUAAUUUUUGCCAUUGAUGGUGAUUGGUAUCAGCUGACCUGGUCCUAUUAAAGGCUUUGACAUUGUUGUUGAUGCUAUUCCGGGAUCUAUAAGUUCAACUCCGGAAAGUGGCUUUGUAUAUCAUCUACUUUGCCUAGCUUCUCAAUUAUCAGCAUGCAGCUGGAUGGGUUCCCAAACGAGGUGUGUGAGGUUUGAGGAAACUAACAACUAGGCGUAAUUAACUUUAGUUUUUGCUAGAGAGCCUCUAUUAAAUUUGCUGUUGGUACUUGGUACUUGAGUAUUACCAAUGAGGUAAGAAGAUAGUUAACGGCUUUUUGCAAUCAAAUACUUAAUUGAAUUUUUGAAGUGCUUAUGGGGAAAAUUUUAGUGUGA